CCCCCAUCACCGUCCUCUCGGUCCUGUUAGCGCAGGCGGUGUGCUCUGGCGUCGUGCCCUCCGUCCGCUCUCUUUACGGCUUUGCGUCGUCCGACGACGUAGAGCUUCGUUCGGUGACCGAUCCAGCCAGAUGGCUUCUACCAUCAACUCCAUGCCCGCCGCCAACAAUGCGUCGGGCAAUGCCGUGAAUGCGCAGUCUUCCGGUGCCCGGCAGACUUUGAGAUCCAGCGCCAGUACUAGGGCGUCGGAUGGGAGCCGCCGUCAGUCCGGCAGUCCCUUGGAUGGUGGUCAGAGGCGCAGCAACUCUCAGAAGGCCUGGUCUCAAAAUACAAACCCCAUGACGCAACGUUCCUCAUACGCACAGCAGAACGGCAACCUGUCCCAAAGACAUGCUGCCUCGCCCAGAGCCUCCCCGAGGGAGUCAAACACCCCGGAUAACCAUGCUCAUGACCGCCUUGUCUUCCUGCUCACUAGCUUCAUUGGCUUGACCGCUACCGUCACUACCAGAAGUGGAGAGAAAUUCACCGGAAUCUUUUCUUCGUCGGCAUUGGAACCUAGCGAGUCUACCUUCGUACUGAAAAUGGUGCAGCGUCCGUCAAAGUCCGAACAACACAGAUCGAACGGGGUAAGCGAAGCCUCCAGCCCCUUCAUGGGUUCGGCACCAGAUCAUAGCAUGUCCUUUGAUUUCAAGGAUGUGGCCGACAUCUCUGUGCCGAACGUCUCUACGGCUGAUGUCACGGUGAAGGGUUCAAACGGGGCUUCUGUAGGGUUCAAGACGGACGCCGACAUCUCCGGAAAUCUAGCCAUCCGUGAGCGGACCUUGAAGCGCUGGGAGCCAGCAGCAGAUACAGAUGUCGAUCUGUCUCUCGAAACCAGCAACAACUCAAGUGGGUGGGAUCAAUUCGAAACGAACGCCAGACUCUUCGGGGCUACUAGCAGCUACGACGAGAAUAUGUACACCACUCGCAUCGACAAGUCGGAUCCUACCUACAAGCAGAAGCAAGCAGAUGCUGCUAGAAUUGCUCGUGAGAUCGAAGGCACUAAUACCGACAAUGCCCAUGUCCGCGAAGAAAGAGGGAUGGUGUCCACGGAUGACAUCGAUGAGGAGGCGAAAUAUAGCGGCGUCCGCCGUGACGAGAGAAACUUUCCUCCUCUUGUUUCGGGGCAGCCGAACAAGUACACUCCGCCAGCGCGUAGGCAAAAUGCCGUUCAGCCCGCCGUUGCCACAGGCGCUCCUGCAGGCGCUGUCAAGCAAACUCCCGGUGUCCCUAAAGAUGCUAUUACUACAGGACCGCCAAAGGAGAACGGGCAGACUCCAGCGCAACCUGCACCUGCCGAUACUACUGCAGCGACCACCGCCACGGAGCAAAAGCCUGCGUUGUCUAAACCCCCGUCGGGCGUGACAGCACCCGCUCCUGCGAACGCUACCUCUAACGUGGAGGCAGAGGUGCUGGACUCCUUCCGCCAGUUCGCCCACAGCGAGAAAGCAAAGCUGCAGGAACGCCGUCGUAACCAAGCCUCAUAUGACCGCACACUCAAGCUGAACGAGUUGAUGAAGUUCUCGAAGAAUUUCAAACUUGCCACUCCUGUGCCCAAGGACUUGGUUCCAAUUCUUGCCAAAGAUCCGCACAAGCAGGAAGAGAUCAUUCAAAGAGCCCAGCAACAUGCUGAGGAGAAGACGGUCAUUAAAACCCCGGAAAGUACUGCUGCUGAACCAAAACCAGCGGUCCGUGCUCCUGGAGCUGCUCACCAAGAGGCGGUAACCAUGCCUCCCCCAGCACAGCCCGACCAUCAGAACUACCCUCGAGGCCGCCAAAUGUAUCCCCCUGCUGGACCGGCUGGGCGGCUUACGCAGCCGCCAGCCCAUCCAGGCCGUCAAGCCACUGGUAUGCUCGGCCAUCGCCUGGCAGAUAACAUACAGCAGCGGAAGGGGACUGCAAUGGGAUCUGUUCCAGCACCCUUGCCAAUCCAAGAGGUCCGUAUUCCCCCAACUGGUCCAGCUGGCGAUCAGCCUAGCAUCACCAGUCCGAACAAAUCGCACACCCCGACCUCUGCCGUGUCCACCAAGUUCAACGUGAAAGCAUUGGAGUUCAAGCCGAACCCUGCCGCAACCACUUUUACCCCUGGCGCUUCGUCCACCUCCUCGCCGUUCGCCAGAGGGCGAUCUGUCUCGCGCGCCACCAGUCCCUCCGCAUUCUUUGGCACCAAGAAGCCCAGACCGAUCUCCGAGCGGCCAUCGCUUAACGAUCAAUUCAACCCCAUCAAGCGUAUGAAGAAAGAAAGCGCGGCGAAAGGUGAUAAGGACUACACCUUCAACGGAGGAAUCCCCCCUGCUUACAAAACUCUGCCUACCUGGGAUGUUUCCGCCGGAAACGAAGAAAAGACCUAUCUACAGAUGUUCAAGUCGCCUGUCUCUGGACCCGCCAUAUCUCCUCAAAGCCGCUCUGCGUCGAACCCGCAGAUCCCCCACCCACCCCAAAUGCCCUUCCAAUUCCCGCAGGGGACGCCGGGUAUGCCUCCCACUAGUGGUCCUCCCCACGGGCCUCAUUUGCAUCCCCAGCAACAUCACAAUUCCGGUCCUCCGCAUUUCGAUGACCCCCACCGCAUGCAGAUGUCCGCGUCAACCUCUCAGAUGUUCCCGUCCCCGAGACUGCAGCAUGGCUACCCAUCCCCAAUGGCGCCACAUGCCCAGCUUGCGUUCGGGCAGGGGGUGCCACAGUUUUACAUGAACCAGGGUGGUCCGCAGCCUGCGCACAUGAGACAUUACCCCGGUGCUCCUCAGUUUGUGAACCCACAGUCGGCCAUGGGUGCGCCAAUGAUGGUUCAACAGCCGUCCAGCGGGCCGUACAUGGGUGUUCCCCAGGGCGUAGCCCCUUACACCCCCCAGAUGCAAAUGUACUCUCCAAACCCAAGCCAUGCUUAUCCUCAACAUGCGCCACCGCCCCAGCCUCAUAGUGGCUAUCCGAGCCCCAGUCGGGGUGCUCCCAUGAUGAUGCACCAGAACUCACAGCCGGGUCAGCCCCCGCAGCCAGUCAUGUUCAUGUCACCCGGGCAGCAUGGGCAGCCCGUAUACCCCGCCCAGCAGCCGGGUCACAGUAUGUGUCAGUCCAUUCCAGCGGCACCUGCAGAAUGAGUUGCUGAUAUUUGACAGUGCCCCCGGUGCGAGGAAACUAUCAACAGCAGCAGCACUUCCAGUCUAGUCCCCAUCAAGUGCACCACUAUCCACCCCACCAGCACCGGACA